AUGGCACCGACUAAACUUAAGAUCAAGGGCAAUAAAGCCUUUUCACUUUUAUCAACUAUUGAUACCGAUGAAGAUUUAUCAAAAACUUGGCGUUUAAUGACAAAAGUCAAAGAUGCCUUAGAAUAUGGAAUGCGCUUAGAAAAUUUAUCAUGGCGUCUUUGGUUUAUGCACCACCUUAUGGUACAUGAUCAAAAAACCAGAACUCAAUUUAAAAAAUUACAAAAUGU